UGAAAUUAUCCUGGUGUAAUUGUUCGUUGGUCUGCGAUAGCGAUCAACUUGUUUCGUAAACGACGCUUGCACGCCGUAAGCAAGUGCACUCGUUUGGUCGCGAUCGGAUGCACGUGCAUCUCAUGUGUGUAUUCGGGAAAUGAGAGGCGGAGUUAAGAGUGUCGCGCGGAGACAGGGAAGAGGGAGUGUUCUGGAGGAAGCGGAGGAUGCGGAGGAUGCGGAGGAUGCGGAGGAUGCGGAGAAGACCGCGAAGCGCGGUCAUUCAUAAGUAAGCCACCGAGACGUUCAGGCUCUCGGCUCUUUCGAGUUAAUCGAGUCGUGGAACGAUUUACCGAUAAGAACGGUGCUGCAGCUCGCCAGCAUGGCUACACGGAAGAGAAGCUUCGAAGAAUCCUCGAAACAACGUUAUCAAGCGAACGCGCGCGAGAGGGACCGCACUCAUAGUGUGAACACGGCGUUCAGCACGUUGAGAACGUUAAUACCGACGGAACCCGUGGACAGGAAAUUGUCGAAAAUCGAGACUUUGAGAUUAGCCAGCAGUUACAUCAGCCAUUUAGGGGCCGUCCUCGUGGCAGAACCUGUAAAUCAACAACCCUGUUUACGUAUCGACGAGGACAGCGACACCGACAGCGACAACGAAACCGAUAACAUCGAUACCAAUAGCAAUCGCACCGGUGUUACCGGUGUCAACGGUGUCAACGGUGUCAACGGUGUCAACGGUGUCAACGGUGUCAACGGUGUUAACGGUGUUAACGGUGUUUACGGUGUUGGGUCGAACCUUUGGCCCGAUUCCCGAGCAAGGCCGCAGCUUUGCACUUUUUGCCUCGCUAUGCACAAAAAAUACCGUUUGAACGUCUCUUCCAAACUGAUUUCGGAUUACCGGAUUUCCGAAGCGUCGCCGUACCGUUUCCCCGCUGCAACCUCGCCGAUGUGCUUCGAUUUAACCGAUGUAUAAUCGCUGUUUUAUACACGAUACAAAUUUACCUUGGCUGUGUAUUUUUUUCUGUACGCGUGCACCCGCGCGAUACAGUUUCUAGGAUUAAUACUAUUUCUGCUACCGUGUUGCGUCUCUAAUUUUACCGGAUCCACGCGUGUUUC